AUGCUGUGUUCCCAACUACAGGAGUUACUGGUGGCUCUAUCUGCUUCAGUGUUGCUGGCGAGGGUCAGCAUCGCUCCACACAGAGACGUGCUAAUUGAACUACAGAGAGCAGACACAACCAAGGGCAAUAAAGUGAGUGGUCGACUGACUUGUGUCAAUAGCCUAAUUUAUACCUGGUUCUAAUAUGAGUCCUUUGUUCUGAUCUUAUCCACAUUCUGAUUGUGCCUACAUUAUAGCCUUUGCAUGACACAUGGUGGUAAAAUGUGUCUUAUCCAUCCACUGUGUCCGCAUUGUGAACAAAUGUCCGUGUCCCUCCCUGCAUGCAAAUUAUUUUACAUCCUUUCAAAGCCAUAUUUAUUUUAAGACACAUAUUGAUGCCAAACCUCAAUUGUUUCACUGUCAAAAUCCAUCUACACUUGUAAGAUAUCCAGACACAAUGGGUGCCUACUUCCUCUGGAGGUGGACAGGAAGAUCUGAUCACAAUCAGAUCACAAUACAUAUUUUAAUCAUCUACACUUGUCUAAAAAUGUGGGAACAAUCAGAAUGUGGACUAGAUUAGGACAAAGAAUGCAUGUUUAGAACCAGGUAUAAACUGGGCUAAUGUGUAUAGUGUUUUUAUUCAUUCUUGAAAGAUAUUCUGUAAUAUUCUCAACUCAAAUGUUAAACAAUUUCAAGAGACCUGGUCAGAUUAAAUGACCAUAACUUCUACUUGUAUGUUAAAUGAUUUGAUGAAGCUUCUGAUAAUGUUUUGGUCCUUGAAUAACUGACAGAAGUGGUCCCAUGAAAACCAUCAUAUUAUGGAGUCUAGCAACAAAGAAGUUCAAAAAUCCAUGGUAACAGUCAGGUAGUUUUGUUUCUGUAGUUAUAUUUGAUUAUAUUGUUUUGUACUCUAUUCUGUUCCCUAUAGGACCUCUCCCGCAUCCUCCUGCUGAAGAUGUCGGACCUGAUGACCACAGCCGCGGGGGAGAACGAGGUACUACCGGACCUGGAGGAGGCACUCGGGGUGAGGUCAGAGGUGGUGCGCCAGCUACCCCUCUCCCAACGGGAACUGAAGUUAGGAUGCCGUAACUUCUUUUGA